AGCUCUGCUGGGUUUUCAACCAGGCUGCAGCUCCCAGCUGAUUCUACUUCAUGUGAUAACAUUGGGAGUGGUGCUGUAAGCUCGACUGGAACACAUAUGCUGCUUCAGAUCUUAGUGGCUCUAACUUUUGCUGCCUAUGUGAAAAAUGUGCCUCUGUUUGACAUCGAGGUAGUACAACAUGUGACCAAUAACCCAGAGACAUUAGAAGAACUUUUUUCUGAUGACAUGGCAGUGGUGGAGGGAGACAUGCUGGUAUCGAAAAACAGGAAUGCAGUGGGUAAAUUUUGGCCAACUACAGACUUGCCAUACGACAUCAAUCCAGACAUAAACUACAAAAAGGAGGAUAUCAUGGCUGCCAUGGCAAUGGUGUCUGAGCACACCUGCAUAACUUUCCACAGGAGAAACUCUACUGAGUCAAACUAUGUGCUCUUCCAUCCUGGUAAAGGCUGUGCUUCAAACGUGGGCUUUUUCGGAGGCCGGCAGUUUGUGUAUGUUGCGGCGUCAUGCAGUGUGGGCAACAUUGCUCAUGAGAUCCUUCACACUCUUGGCUUUGAGCAUGAACACACCAGGUUGGACCGGGAUGACUUUAUCGAAAUUAUCAAGAGUAACAUCAUCAAAGGUAUGGAGGAAAACUUUAAAAAGCUUGCUGGGAAAACUUUUGAUAUUCCGUAUGACUACAGUUCCAUACUACACUAUGGACGGACUUUCUUUUCAUCAAACGGAAAACCCACCAUCAUCCCAAAGAAAAAUGUAAAGGAUAUGGGACAGAGGAGUCGACUGACGGAGACAGACAGACAGAAAAUCACUCUUCUCUAUAACUGUGGGGCGGUAGCACCAGCAGGGAACACAGAACCUUCACUGAUCAGCAUUUUUCCUUUUUAAAUAAAAAUAAAGGAUUGCAUAUGAUUA